GUGUUCCCCGUUCCGGUCCGCGUUUUGCUCUGAACGAGUGCAUCUCUUGCCACUCAAGUGCGCCCUGCGGAAACCUGUGGUUCUUUCGCCCCACCUGUUAGGUGCUGCCUUCCGCGAACAUGUCCAAGUCUCUGAAAAAGUUGGUGGAGGAGAGCCGGGAGAAGAACCAGCCGGAAGUGGACAUGAGUGACCGGGGCAUCUCCAACAUGCUGGAUGUCAACGGCUUGUUCUCCUUAUCCCACAUCACACAACUGGUCCUCAGCCAUAACAAGCUAACAACUGUGCCGCCAAACAUAGCAGAGCUGAAGAAUUUGGAAGUGCUGAACUUCUUUAAUAACCAGAUUGAGGAGCUGCCCACACAGAUCAGCAGCCUUCAAAAACUCAAACACCUGAAUCUGGGCAUGAACAGACUGAACACUUUGCCUCGAGGAUUUGGCUCUCUCCCAGCUCUUGAGGUCCUUGAUUUGACUUACAACAACUUGAAUGAAAACUCUCUUCCCGGAAACUUCUUCUACCUUACCACCCUGCGCGCACUCUAUCUAAGUGACAACGAUUUUGAAAUCCUGCCGCCAGAUAUCGGGAAGCUCACAAAGUUGCAGAUACUCAGCCUUAGGGAUAACGACCUGAUCUCGCUGCCUAAAGAAAUCGGAGAGCUUACUCAGCUUAAGGAACUCCACAUUCAGGGGAACCGCCUGACCGUUCUGCCCCCAGAACUAGGAAACUUGGAUUUAACUGGUCAGAAGCAAGUGUUCAAAGCAGAGAACAAUCCCUGGGUUACCCCCAUUGCUGACCAGUUCCAGCUUGGCGUGUCCCACGUGUUUGAAUAUAUCCGUUCUGAGACAUACAAAUAAAACUCAGGUUGCAGCGUUGAAUCUGCAAACCGACAACUCCGUGAAAGCACCCGACCCAGCGCCGUGGCGGGCGCAGCGGUCCCACAAGUCUCCACCCUGCUUCACGGACUUUCUUGGGUAGCGCUUCCCUCACACCAUCCAAGGAGAGCUCUCAGUCAAGAGUCCUGAACUUUGAGCCUUAGACGUGCCCAUUUUUGUCUAUAGAUUCAGACUCCUCUCAGGGGGCCGAGCGUGCCCCCUCUCUGUCCUCACACUGCCACAGAACUCGUACCUUGUACAUCUCUUCGCAUUAGUGACUUCCAUCCCGGUUGUACCCGCAUGUGUGUGGGCAUGAACCCUGCCCAGCCUUGCUUUAUAAACGGCCUUUUCCACUAAAUCCAGAUAUCCAGAACAGUCCUUGGCCCAACUAAGAAACUCUUGGAGCAUUUUCCAGAAUCCUACCCUCUGCUUUUGAUACAGUCCCAAACGGUUCCUGUCUUUGGCAUGCCGCGCUGAUGGCCUGGUUCUGACAUCUCUGAGCGUCACUAAAAGCACAGUUCCCUUCAGAGAAAAAGAAACCUUGGAAACAGUAGGGCUGUGCUGUUUCCUGCUCUUUCCAUUAUGUAACUUGGAGAAAUUUACUAACCUCAUGUCAUUGUCAGCCUCGAAUCUGUUAAAGAGUAUCUGUACAAAAAAUAAAAUGUGUACAGAAACCGUGUUGUCUAAGGGAGUGACUUUCACCAUAGCCGGGUAGCACCUCUGUUGUUACAGGUUUAAUAUUUUUCCUUAAAUCCGUUCUCAUUCUUAAAUUUAUUUUUAAAUGAAACGGUUUAGCCGUACUCUAGAUGAUAAGUUGGCAUCACUUACAAUUAAUAAACAUACAUAGUAAUUAAGGCUAGAAUCUCCAUACAUAAUCAUCUCACAGAACACCCUUGGGAGACAUUGCUUGGGGGGAGAUGUUCCGUCCUCGGGGGCUGAGUGGGGUUCGGGAAACAGACCCACUUCUUCCGGGCUUUAAUAUUCAGUAAGGGCCUCUGGUUUCAUUUGACUUGUAAGUUUUGUUUACACCAGGAUUUUUCAACCUCAGCUAUUGACUUUGGGGCUGGAUAAUUUUUUGUUCUUGGAGACUGUUCUGUGCAUUAUAGGAUGUUGGGCAGCAUCCCUGGCCAGCCACACACACCACACCCCCACUAGAUGGGAGAUGCCAGCCACACACCCCCCGGGUGCAACAACCAAACAUGUUUCUACACUGCCAAAAAGAGCCCUGGUGGAGGGCAAAAUUGAGCCUGGUUGAGUAGCACUGUGUUAUAUAUGAGUCAUGUUGUUGUUGUCUUAAAUUGUCGGUUUGCUAGGUAUGUAUAUUUAAAAUAUACUGUACUUUUUUGGGGCGCCUGGGUGGCUCAGUCGGUUGAGCAUCCAACUUCAGCCCAGGUCAUGAUCUCACAGUUUGUGGGUUCGAGCCCCGUACCGGGCUCUGUGCUGACAGCUCAGAGCCUGGAGCCUGCUUCAGAUUCUGUGUCUCCCUCUCUCUCUGCCCCUCCCUAGCUCGCUCUCGUGCUCUCUCUCACUCUCUCUCGCUCUCUAUAUAUAUAUACGUAUAUGUGUAUAUAUCAAAAAUAAAUUUUAAAAAAUAAAAUAUAAAAUAUACUGUACUUUUUGUGACCACAUUUUAGUUUUUUUGUGACUGUGCCCAUAAUUUCCCUACCCCCAAAAUGGAAGUGGCCCUGGCCUCUCCUGAUACCUGCUCAGGAAGCACCUGGUCCCUUCCCUGUAAGAGCAGGUUGGAUCUCCCUGACCCCCCUCGUGUGUUUCUGACCUAGAUGCAGACGGGCUCAUUGUGAGAAAUGAUUUCAUUUGUUACCACCAGUAGUAAACACCAGUGGAGGCCUGUGUCUUUGCGAGAUACUUACUGUUUUAAAUGUAUUCUCUUGAAUGAUGCUGGUUAAUAUCAUUUAUUCCUAUUUUUUGUUUUGUUUUGUUUUGUUUGUUUGUUUUCACUGAGAAAAUUGAAGCUUGGCUGGGUUACAUGAUUUGCCCAAAGCCACACUACUAAAGAUGCAAUUCUGUUAAAAACAAUAUUGGAAGCAGUCUGUCCCCAAAACAAAGAAAUGUUUGCUUCAGUUAUGACAUACAGUAUGGAUUCACGGGUGGCCUGCCAAUAAUUGUGUUUAUGAUGUGGCAAAUACUAAUGCAGUAACAUCUAUUUAAGAUUAUUCGAUCUAAGGGCACCUGUCUGCCUCAGCUGGCAGAGCACGUGCCUCCUUAUCUUAGGGUUAUGAGUUCGAGUCCCAUGUGGCGUGUAGAAAUUAUCCAAAAAAUCUUCAAAAAAAAUUAGACACCUAACUAUAAUAUAAGCCAUGAUGAUUACUAUUAAAACAUAUAUACUCUGGAAGAAAACUUAAAAAAUAUUCACAAAAAAAAUGCUAGUAGAAUUUAUGUUUAAGUGAGAGACUUCUGGCUGUUUUCUUUUCAACCUGUUCUGAAUUCCUUUUUUUUUUUUUUUUUUUUUUAAUGUUUAUUUUUGAGAGAGAGAGAGAAAGAAAAAAUGAGUCUGGGAGGGGCAGAGAGAGAGGAAGACACAGAAUCCGAAGCAGGCUCCAGGCUCUGAGCUGUCAGCACGGAGCCCUAUGCGCGGCCCGAACCCAUGAACCAUGAGAUCAUGACCUGAGCCAAAGUCAGACGCUUAACCGACUGAGCCACCCAGGCACCCAACCCUGUUCUGAUUUUCUAAAUGGGUUGUAAUAUAUUCUAUUUGUUUUAAAAGUGAAAUUUGUAAGUUAAAAAUGAAGGAAGAUACAGUUUAGAUUCCUGUCACAGUUACUUUUUCUCUACAAUUCCAGCCAAGAAACAUCCAUAUUCUGCACAUUACAGAUAAAUGUACGUGUGUCCUGGGGUCUGGGGUCAGCAGUCUUUCAGAGCUGAUUUGCUGUCCCUUGGGGCAGACAGCUGAAGGAAGCUACUUUUUUGUUGAAGGAAGCAUGCAGGCUCCUUCCUUGGGGUACACAGCCAAAAUACGUCCUGAUGGGAAGCAGGCGGUGGGGCCGCUCCCUCUGUUGUGACUGGUUUUUAAUAUGAAUGCCUCUGGGAUGAGAUUCGGCCUUACCUGUAAAAAGAAAGGGUGAGGAACUUGCCGCAUGCCUAGAUCAGUUCACUUUUUGUGACAGCGGCCAUUCAUGUUGCUGUCACAGAAGGGUAAUUCAUUAUGGACCAUGUCACCAUCAACUUUUUCACUAGUGAAGACUUGUAACUGGACCAAAUUGACGAGACUGGAGUAGAAACAUGACUGGUACUGCUACAUAAGCCACGGUGAUAGUUGUUUGCCGGCAGAAUGUAUAGAACAUUUUUUAUUAUUUUUUUCAAAAAAAAAAUGUUUAACAGUUAUUGGCUCGGAGCCACAGAGAGACAGAGCAUGAGCAGGAGAAGGGCAGAGAAGGAGGGAGACGCAGAAUUGGAAGCAGGCUCCAGGCUCUGAGCUGUCAGCACAGAGCCCGAUGGGGGGCUGGAACCCACGAACCGCAAGAUCAUGACCUGAGCUGAAGUUGGACGCUUAACCGACCGAGCCACCCAGGCACCCCUAGAACAUUUUUUAAAUGACAGGACUGUUAACUCACGUAUUUACUUAAGCAUCCUUCCAUCUAUGCGUUCCCAUUCACUUUUAAUUUCUUAGUAUUUGACAACAAAUACAUGUACUUUGGGCCAUUUGGAUAGUAGUUAUUCCCUUAAUGUUCAAGGGGAACCAUAUUAAGGUGCUGAGUACCUGACAUUAGGUCCUCAUAACUAACCCUAUUAGGUGGCACAGAGAAUGCCUCUUUCAUGUACAAAAUGAGCCUCAGACAGGUUCUGUUUGCCAAUAGAUUCCUUAAUGAUUCUUCUUGAACGUGGGGUAAAUCUGUACCAUUGUAAGCAAGCUUUCUUUUUAGCUUCUGCCUAUAGUUAUACUUGUCAAAUGCUAGCUGUUUCCUAAUUUAUAUCUGCUAAAAUUUUCUGAUGCUUUUGCUUGUUUACUGUUUCCAUGUGUUACACCUAAUGUGAAAUUGAGAUUUUGGUUAAUUAACUACUCAGCACGAUUAUUUCCCUUAAGUAGAGGGGAACUUCGUGUACCAAUUUUGUCCUUCUUGUUCGUUAUGUUAGAGUCCAUAUGGCUCACCUCACCUUUAAAGAAAUUAGCCUCCUUACCCUUCUCUUGAACUCUUAUUUUGUGGCCUUGAUUCUAUGCCCACCCUGCCCACAACCACAAAAUUCCCAAGGAGUACCACCUGGCACAGGAUUGUUGGAUACUGGUUUGCAGUACACGUUAUCUUCAUAUGAGUGAAUAGAUAGCCUUCUGCAUUCACCAGAAGCACUGUAUCAUGUCUGGGGGAAGUUUUUUUUAAUGUUUCUAAAGAGCUGUAGACAUUUUAAUAAAAGCUUCUCCUCAGCUUUUGUCUGCUGUGUAUCCGGAGAAAAGUACAGUAAAAGAGAAUAUGGCAUUACUGUAGCCUGCCUGUCUGAAUCCAUUUCAAUUCAUUGAGCUAGAUUUCUCUGAAAAGGGAACAUCCCUAGCCAAGUCUGCCCUAAAAAGAUAUCCAGGGUGGCAAACCCAGAACUUUGGUGUCUGCAGGUGCCAUUUUUUUUAUUCUUAAUAUUUUAAAUUAAAUUGCCUGGCACCAUGGCAAACACGAUCAAACCUGAUGGCCACAGGAAAAGUGGAGAUGCCCAGUAUUAGCUGGGGAUGGACGGAAGCCUCAGACUCAGUAAGAGUGGUGAAACCUGCAAGUGUUCGUGGCCAGAGGUCCAGCCCACCUGGUCUCCAAGCCAUUAUGCUGGGGACCUCUGAGGUAUGGCGAUGACGUGGUCCCUCUGAGGACUCCCAGCCUACCCGUAAGCACGUCCAAGAGCACGAAGCACAGAGGCAUAUGGAAAUUCCACUCUCGAGCUUAAUAUACACCAUGCAAAAUGAAUUUUUCAUACUGGGCUUUUAAGAAAUGGAAAACCUCCAGCUUUCCCUCACUGGUGUGCCUUUUGGAGUUAGUGCCCUUUAAAGCAGCCGGAGGGGGGAAUGACUGUAAUGUAAGCAGAGUGGUGUUUGCAAGUGAGGGCUACAUGAAAGGCGAUGAUGAUUUGGG